AAAAUGACAAUAAUUUAUUUUGAUUGUCAUCUCGGCUUGCUUGUGUAGUAUGUUCAUCUUAUAUUGAAAACUCGAAAAAUACAUUUUGGAAUCGUUCCAAAUCUUUUAUGUUUUAUCAACCGGUUUAUUAAACCUCUUUUCGUCAGGGUUUCUUUGUUUUGAGUUUAUUUUAGUCUGUUUAGUGUAAUUUCGAAGAGCUACGUAGAACCAGGUACACCUAACUUGGUGCUUUUUUUUUUUGCUGUAAAAUGGGGAGUUUGAAGGCAGAUGAAGAUGAUACGAAGGAACUAGAUGAUAGUGGAUACGUGCAAGAUGAAGGAACUCUCAAGGCGUCCCCGGAAAAGAAGAAAGCCGUCUGUCUGUUGGACCUGUCUGAUGAUGUGUUGCUGUGCAUCCUGAAACAUUGCCAACCCGCAGACUUGAAAGCUUUGGGCUUCACGUGCACGCGGCUGGCGUCGGUGACGCUGGACCGCACGCUGUGGCAGCGCGUGGACGCGCGCGCGCGCUGCGCCGGCGCGCGGCGCCUGCGCUGGCUGCUGGCGCACGCGCUGCACGCGGGCACCACGCAGCUGUUGCUCAGGGGCUACGCGGACGAGACACAGAACUGUACCGGCUAUCACUAUGAGAACCGGCCAACGUGUUUGGGUGGCACGAAAGGUGACCACAAUACAGACAAACCACAGAGACGUUGUUGUCCUGGUCUAACCGAUAGAAUGUAUCCUGAUAUAAGUAGAGUCACUUUAUUAUGGCCCGAAGAAGAGUUGGAACGUACCCGAGUAGCUCCUAGCAAAACUGAGCCGGACUCGAACAAAACGAAGCAGUUUUCAAAAUCAGAGGUCUCAGCUUCGAAUCCGGGUUCGAGCAGAGAUAUAAAGAGUACAGGAUCGAACUCCGAAGAUAUCGAACCGGAUUUGGGGAGAACAGAGACGGAUUCACGAGAUGGAUCGAUAGCGAAGAGGCAAAAAAUUGAUACUGAAUCAGGGACGGAAGGACAUCCAAGUGAAGUUUCGAGCCGGGGCUCUGUCUGCCCCGGGCCGCGGUUCACGGUGACGCCGUGUUUGCUGCAGCAGCUGCGCGCGCAUUGUAACCUCACCACGCUUGCAUUGGAUUAUUGCAAUAUUAAUUGCGCUAAGAUAUCUCUGAGCAACUUCCCGCGCCAGCUGACGCACCUGUCUUUGCGCGGCACUAUGUGUUACAACAUGAACAUGAACAAAAACAUGCUGUUUCAAAUACAAGAACACUUACCCGACAUUGAGCACCUGGACCUGUCGGAGUGCGGGUGGGUGGAGGCGUCGUGCCUGAUGCCGCUCAGCAAGCUGGAGCGCCUGCGCGCGCUGCUGCUGGCGCGCUGCGUGCGCAUGCGCGAGUGCGUCGCCUACGCCGCCAUCUCCGCACGAUACGGCUUCCGCAGGCUCAAGGUGUUCGAUCUCCGCGGCUCCCCUCUAGGCGACUCGGAGACAGCCGCGCUGGGCUGGAUGCCGGAACUAGAAGAGUUGUAUCUCUCAGCGCCGCGGGCGCAGCCGGCCGCGCCCGGACACAAGCACUACGCGGACGACCAGCUGCCCUAUGUAGAGGAGCUGUCCGACUGGGAGAUACAGGAGCCGGAGUACUUCAAGUCAUUAUUGAAACAGAAGAAGCGAAGCAAAAAGAAAACGGAUGAAAAUGGCAGGUGUUGUCACGGAGUGCCUUUCACUCAGUGCGCGGACGGUUUGGGGGGUGUCCCCGCGAAUAAAACGCGCGAUUUGAAGCGCUCGGCGUUCAGCUCAGAGGACGCGGGCCCUUCGAAACGGAGGCGGUCAUCGGUUAACCUCGACUCUGACGAUGACGCAAGCAGCGUCGAGGACAAAAACGAGUCCACCAACGCUGACAAUCGAGAAACAAAUGAAGAAGAACACGAAAAUGGAGAAAACGCUGAAGCCGAAGCGAACGGUGGAAACGAAGAGGGCAAUCGAAAUCAAAUAAUAGAAUUGAGACCGCGCGCGCACGUGUUAUACGUUAAUCUUGGUCAAAGAUUGAACCCAGUUGUUCAUCGCAUAGUGAAUCUCAACCAACCGAAUGACAGGGGCAUACCGGCAUUUCCCAGGAGAAUCAAUUUCUCUGAGCUUGUAACGGACACAGCUAUAAGAAGUUUUGGACACACAGACGACGAUCAUUUGAACUGUUUCUACAUCGGAGCACCACCACAGGGACCCGGGCAACAGAACUACUCGAGACCGGACAAAUCCAGCUUGAGAAUUUUGUCUAUGGUCGGCUAUAAGAACAUCACAGACAAAAGUUUGGAACACUUGAGGACUUCGGCCCCUAAGCUAGAAAAGAUUGAUUUUAGCCAAACGGGCGUUACUAAGAGAGGGGUGGAUAUGUUUAAUCUUAGUAGGCCUAAUGUGGAAAUUGUGUAUAGUCCUUUUGUAAAAGCUGAUUAAUUAGAGUAUAGAGUAUAGAUUAUAGGCUAUGGUUUUCAAUAUUGUGUUGGUCGUGAGUGAUCAGUGCGUUGGGAGUGUGACGGAGUGUGUGCACUUCGCAAAAUGUACACUAGGCGCAAAACGUGCACAUCUCAAUAUGUGAACUUAACUGACGUGCGAAGUUGUUAAAUUUUAACUUGCAUGAUUUGAUCACAGUCGAGUGCAAAAUACUUAUUCAAUAUGUAUAUUGUAAGUAAUGUAUUAUUUAUUAACGUCAAUAAUUUACAUAAGUCUACCGCCGACUUACAAAGCGCAGGUGAAGAAGAAGCGGCACAACAAAAUUCACCGCGGCCUUUUCUUCAACACGUGAAUAUUUUAGACAAACCGACAGACAGACAAAGGUGAAACUAAAUAAAAACUGCUAUACUAUAUCUUAACAACUCUACACAUAUGUGACGGCAAUCCAAUUAAGUGUAUGCAAAAUCGUGUUUUAUUUCACGAUGUUGUGUUAUUGUAAAAUACGCUCAAGUUGGACAAACUUAUUCUGGACGUCGGUUAAAAGGUUUACAUUUUGAGUAGUCCACAUUUUGCGUUAGACUCGCAUGUUUUAUAAUUAGGAAUUUAUUUAUUAAUGAUUUAUGAAAGUAAUGUUAACGGUGGUCGUUCUCACCCGUCGCCGGCGGCGGGCGAAAUUAAGUUUACAUUGAUCGUUGUGCUGUACGGAGACGUGACUGUACAUCACAACCAUAUUUAUUGAUGUUCCACCGCACUCACAAACUGUGCAUACUACUAUUUCCUCUAAUCAAUAUUUAUUUCUAUAAGAGAGAGAACAGUAUAUCUUACAUUAAAAAAAAACAUGUAUUCUAUUUCGCAUUAUGGCAUGAGAAAUGUCUAAAUAGCUUUAAAUAUUUUGAUAAAUAAAUAAACAAAUAUUAUUAAA